ACGGUUGCAUUUUUUCAUGAAUGCAUCCAUGAACGAACUUUAUGACGUGAAAGGACUUGGACUUUCUUCAAUGGAUACGAAUAUUAGAAAUGCACCAUCCGUUAUAACAUCGUCCCCUGGACCAUCAGUGUCAAUAUCGUUAAUUUCAGGAUUGACAUUGCUUCCAACUUCGUGCCCACAAUGCCAUAGUUUGCAUACUUUGGACAUAAACAAGCUGAUGUCCUCAAUUUCAAGUCUUAAUACUGCAACUAAAAUAACUCCCCACAUCUCUUCAUCGUCUUGUUUUUUACCUUCAUUCAGUCAUCAAGUUGAAGAGAAUUUUCAAAAACGAAAAAUAUUUAAUGAAAAACCACAGCCUGAAAAAAGAAUUUGUAUGGAGAAUAUGUCGCAUCCAGUUCCAUCAAUUCCAAUCAUUUCCGCACCUUCAAUUCAACAGACCAAACAUCCAAAGCACGUGUUUAAUGAUUGGAUGAAUUUUUUCAGCAGUUUUAAUGGAGCUGUUAACUUGAAACUAGAUGAUGGAACAAAAGGGAACAACUUUUACUAUCAGUUCCAUUUGCAACUAGCACAAUAUUACCAAGACAAGAUGUGUAUGGAAGGAGUUAUUCAGUUAGGAAAACCGUUCAAAUUGGAGGAAACUUCUGACGCGGAUCGCAUGAACAUAAUCACAACUUCUGUUGCUUCCACGUACAAAGCGAUGUAUGACAAAGAAAUAGAACGGUUGACAUUGGAGAACAAAAAUAUGGCUGACAAAAUUAGAACCCAGCAUGCUACGUCGAUUUACUUGUUUCCUGGAAUUGCAUAUGGAAGAAAUCCAAGUGAAGAUUCACCCGAAGUAAUUGAUCAUUUGAUGUUCGAAAUAAUUUACAAGGGGUUUAUGGAAGUUACACCCGAAAAAGAUACAAAUAAUUUUGGGAAACAAGUCCAUGGUGUGCUCACAUCAAUAAAUUGCAAAACGAGAAAUGAAUGCUCAACGAGAGUUUCAAUGAUGACUGUUUCUAACAGCGAAAUUGUUGUCCAAAUUCCGUUUACAUCUCGGAUCAAAAUCUCAAACAUUCUGGCUGUUGGUAAGUAUGGCGAAGACCGAAACUAUUUCUGUAUUGCAUAUCACAAUUCGAAAACUGUGGAGCAUGUUAAAAUAAUUGUUUUUUGCACACACAGUUGUUUUACAUCAUCAGAUAUUGUAAAUUCUAUAAUACGUAAGACGGCUAUCAAUAAAGGACGUGAAGCAUUGAUGAUACAAAUCUAAGAACACCGAAGACAAAUAUAUAUAUAUAUAUAUAUAUAUAUAUUGAUAUCUUAAGAAUUUGAUUCACGUUGGUGCUUGUAUAUUUUACUUGCGAGAAACCAUUGUCAUAUUUAAAAUAACUUCUCAUGAAUAUUCUGUUAAUUUCAUUA